UAUUAUGGGGGGGAGGCAUUCUCAGUAGAGCAGCCUCAGUCGUUUACUUGUCCUUACUGUGGUAAAAUGGGCUACACGGAAACAUCUCUACAGGAGCACGUGACCUCAGAACACGCAGAGACCUCUACAGAGGUGAUUUGCCCAAUCUGUGCAGCUUUGCCUGGUGGCGACCCCAAUCAUGUGACAGAUGACUUUGCUGCUCAUCUCACACUUGAACACAGAGCACCUAGAGAUUUAGACGAGAGCAGCGGCGUGCGACACGUGCGUCGGAUGUUCCACCCUGGGCGGGGACUGGGCGGUCCGCGGGCACGCCGGACUAACAUGCACUUUACCAGCAGCUCCACUGGUGGCCUCUCCUCUUCACAAAGCUCCUCCUACUCCCCAAGUAAUAGGGAAGCCAUGGACCCCAUAGCAGAGUUGCUCUCUCAGCUGUCGGGUGUGCGGCGCUCUGCGGGAGGGCAGCUCAACUCUUCUGGCCCCUCGGCCUCGCAGCUGCAGCAGCUGCAAAUGCAGCUUCAGCUGGAGCGCCAGCAGGCACAGGCGGCACGCCAGCAGCUGGAGACGGCCCGUAACGCUACACGCCAACGCAGCAACCCUAGCAACAUCAGCGCCAACAUCCCGCCGCCCAACACCGCCACAAACACCGCCAUGUCUGAGAGCAACCCGCUGGCCUCCCACAGCUCCCAGUUUCUUCUCACACGGUUGAACGAGCCGAAAAUGUCAGAGGCAGAACGGCAGGCGCUGGAGAGCGAGCGCGCGGACCGCAGCCUGUUCGUGCAGGAGCUGCUGCUGUCCACACUAAUGCGAGAAGAGAGCUCGUCUUCCGACGAGGACGAAAGGCGAGACUUUGCUGACUUCGGCGCCAUGGGCUGCGUGGACAUCAUGCCUUUAGAUGUGGCUCUGGAGAGCCUCAACCUGAAGGAGAGCUCCACAGGCAAGGAGCCUCCACCACCUCCUCUUUGAUGAUAUCCCACCACAACGCAGACAAUGUCCUCUGUGCUGUAACUGCCAAUGACGGUGAGCGUAGGUAUCUGUGGCAGACCUCUGCUUCCUGUGUCUUGCAAAAGGCUCUCCUUAUAAAUACUCCACAUUCAAAAACUGAAGAGGAAACAAGAGACCUUCUCUAAUGAAGCUGCUGUGUGUAUUUAUGAAUAUUAAUGAAUAAAAAGUGCUUGGAUGGUUUACCAUAACUACUGCAUGAGGUUAUUUGCAGCGUGCAUGAUUUUUAAUGACCUUGUCAUUAAAAAAGCUAAAUAUCCCAAAGCUUUAACUUUUUUUCUUUUCCCAGGGUUACUUGAACACAGCCCACUUGAAAUGGGCGAAAUAUCUACAAGUUUAGGUUUUUUAUUGUUUGUUUAAUAUGGAAAUCAACAGCAAAAUUGGAACCUGCAGUAGCUUCGCAAGAAAAAGUGUUAAAAGCUUUUGUCACUCGGCUCCAAUCUGCCCCUUCGUCUGUGACACAUCAGAGCACAACAGUGACCGCCCACUUUAUCAGCGACAGUGUUUUUCCCAUCCAUUUUCUCCAUAAGGAUAAAAAAAAUAAAGCCAAAAACUAAACUGACCAGUUCCAAGAUAAAUCACAACGUACCAUACACAGUAAUUAGGUAUGGAAAAAAAAUGAAGGUACAAGAUCGCAUACUUAGAUCCAUUGAUGGUUUGAACUACUCAACCCAUCAAAGCAUCGUGAAUGACAAUCGAAUAAAAACAUGACGGUACUAGGACUGUCAAAAUGGCUGAAAAACUAAAUUCGAAUUUUGUACUUAAAUAUUAUC